GAUGACAACCCCAGCUCAGUUUCAUUUUUACCACUUGGGUGUGAUUCAGAUUUUAAAUACAGGUGCAUUCUGGUUAUUUGGCAGCAAGUCAGUAGCAGAGGGAACUGGUUACUAUAUUCCACAUUUUUCUUUUGUUGUCUUAAUCCCUGAAGUGUGAGAUCCUCAAGUAAAAUGUGUAACAUGCUUGUUUUUGAGCUGCUAAGUCAAACACAUAUAAUACAUAAUGCUACAUGGCUAAAGAGAGGCCUUGGUUGUGUUGUUAAACAUGGUACUUGAGACCAUAAGAAAUUUAAAUAUAGAAAUGAGAGGAAGCCAUUCAUCCCAUCAAGCUUGCUUGGGGAGAACUCAACUAAUAGCUUAAAAUUGUUAAAAUCUUAUCUAGUUCAGAUUUAAAGGGACCCAGGGUUUUAGCUUGCACUACACUAACAGGAAAACUAUUCCAUACUCUAACUACACACUGUUUAAAGAAGUGCUUUCUCUAAUCCAGUUUAAAGUACUGUAGAAAUGGACAGUAACAGGUGUCAACUUAAACAGACCAAGUAACCAUGCACAAAAGUGUAGUUACUACUUGUAUAGUGAUGCACACAGAGGUGACCUCAGCCUGUUCUUUUCAUCUAGCUCUAUAUGCUGUAAAAGUGACACCCUCCAAAAGCCCUGUGCGUGCUGGAGACAACAUCACAUUGAUUCUGUCUCCUUCAACAAGUAUGAAAAAUGGAUUCUACACUCUCAAUGGUUUUGGGAUUUUGAUGUGGUCUGAGAAAAAACAACAAACAGCCGGUGCGUUUACUGGCCGGGCCUCCAUCAACACCAGCAGUGGGAUCCUGUCUCUCUUCUCCAUGACCGUUGCUGAUUCAGGAUUGUAUGUCAUACAGAGUUUCCCUCCUAUUGGCUUUUCAGCUAAUACCACAUUAACAGUCUUGGAACCAAUAUCGAUUGUGACAAUAAGAGUUAAUUCCACUGAUCAAGUGGAGUUCAAUGACUCUGUCAGUCUGACAUGUUCCACCUCCGGCUCCUCUCCUUCUUAUCAUUGGCUCAACGGCAGCUCUGACAUCAUAGUCGGUGAACGAGUUCAUCUGAGUUCUGACAAUCAAACUCUCACCAUAUCCAGCAUUCUAACUUCUGACAGGGGGCCCUUCUAUUGCUUUGUGACCAACGCAAUUAGUAAUGGCACAAGUUCUCCUUUAUAUCUUAAUAUUAGCUAUGGUCCAGAAAACCUUAUCUUAAAAAUCAACGGGUCAGAUAAGGAGCUCUUCUACAUAGGAUCGAACCUUACCCUGUCCUGCUCAGCUCAGUCCAGCCCUCCUGCACUAUUUCAAUGGGAUUUUCACAUGGCUACAUUCAUAAAUGGACCAGAACUCAGGCUGGACAAUGUACAGGAGAGGCAGAGUGGAAAUUACACUUGUCUGGCUCAUAAUGCCAGAACUCUGCGAUACAUCAGCAAGACCGUUCCAAUAAUUAUAACAGUGGGCAAUACCCCGUGGCCACCAUCAACGUCUUUGGGCCAUUAAUAAAAGCUUCAGCCCCAAAGGCUUGAGAGAACACUGAUAGCUCCUAAGGCACUGUACUGCCCACAGGUAUAGAGUUUAUGCAACAUAACACAUGCUAUUCACGAUACUGGACAAAAAUAAAAACAGCCUUCAUUUGUUCACACUUGGUCACAGGAUACAUUUUCAGAUAGGGUUUGGAGUCACAUGGUUCUGUGUACUACAGCAUUGAGAGCUUAUCCUCAGCCUUCAUCUAGUCAUUUAAAUUAGUAAAAAGUUAACCUUUGAGGCCGAAAGGAGAGCCUUGCUCAGUCUAGUGGUUCCAUCUUGUUUCCUCAGGGCCACGUGCAUCAGCGUCAGAGCAUGAGGGACUCAGCACUGGGCUUCUCCUCAGCCUGCUUAUCGCUUCAGUGACUCUGUGACCUCCUUCGUGACAGCGACUCUCACCCAAUGGUGGCCUUAUAUGUGUGCAGAUAUUGUAACGUACCAAGCUUAUAUUAGAGGCCUAUAUUUACACAACACCAACUUUACAUGUAUAUAACACCAACUUUACUUUGCAUAUGUAUUUUAAACA